AUGGAAAAACUAAAAAAAAAUAAAAAAAAACUUAUAUGGCAACAACGUUUUUUAUAUCCACUUUUAUUUCAAAAUGAUUUUUACGCACUUGCUUAUAAUCAUUCUUUAAAUAAAUUUAAUUUAAAAAAAAUAGAAAAUUCUAAUUUAAAUAAACAUUUUAGUUUUUUAACAUUAAAACGUUUAGUUAAAAGAAUCCGUCGAAAAAGAAAUAUAGAAGAAUUAAAUAAAAAUUAUAAUAAAAUUUUUGAUAUUAAUUACAACAAUUAUUUUUAUUCAAAAGUAAUUCGAGAAGGACUUGCUAUAAUUUUAGAAAAUUUUUUUUUAGUACAAUCAAAAAAAAAAAUUGUAAAAAAAUUUACUGAAUGGACUAAUUAUCAAUCUAUUCAUACUGUAUUCCCUUUUAUAGAAGAUAAUUUUUUACAUUCUAAUUAUAUUCUAAAUACAAAAAUACCUUCUUUAAUUCAUCCAGAACUUCUGAUACGAAUUCUUCGUCGACGCAUACAAGAUGCUUCUUUUUCACAUUUAUUACGAUUAAUAUUUCAUAAAAAUAAAAAGUUAGUUACUUUAAAUAUUUUUUCUCAAAGAGAAAUAACUAAAUUAUCAAUAUUUUUAUGGCAUUCUUAUAUUUAUGAAUUAGAAUUUUUUUUAGUAAAUCAAUGGAAAACUUUAAAUUACUUUAAAUCAUUGUCAUAUUUAAUUUCACUUAAUAAAACAUAUUGUAUUACAAAAAUUCAACAUGUUAUUAAAAAACCCUUAGAUAUUAAAUUACAAUUUUUUUAUAAAAAAAAAAUGUCUUUCCAUUAUGUAAGAUAUGAAAAUCAUUUUAUUAUAGCAAUAAAAAACUCCAAUUUUUUAGCAGAAAAAUGGAAAUUUUUUUUUUAUAAGUUUUGGCAAUAUUAUUUUUACUAUUUAUUUAAACUUUCUAGAAUAAAUUUAAAAAAAAUUUCUAAAAACUGCUUUUCUUUUUUAGGAUAUGUUUUUGGUAUUCAAACAAAAAGUAUUAUAGUUAAAUCUAACAUGAUACAUACUUUAUCUAAAAUAAAUAUUAGCAGAAAAGAAAUUUAUUCUAUUACUCCAAUAUCAUCUUUAAUUGAAUUAUUAGCUAAAGAAAACUUUUGUGAUACUUUAGGGCACCCCAUAAGUAAAUUAGCUUGGACAACUUUAACAGAUGAUGAAAUUUUUAAUCGUUUUGAUCAAAUUUGGAGAAAUUUUUUUUAUUAUUAUAGUGGAUGCAAAAAUAAAAAAAACUUAUAUCAAGUACAAUACAUACUUCGAUUUUCUUGUGCUAAAACAUUAGCGUGUAAACAUAAAAGUACUAUACGUUAUGUUUGGAAAAAGUAUGGAUCAAACUUUUUUGCAAAAUCUUUUUUUUUUAAAAAACAAGAAUUAAUUAGCUUAAAAUUUUUUAAACUAUAUCCUUCGAUAAAAAAAAUUUGGUAUCUUAAUAUUCUUCAAAUAAAUGCUUUAGCAAAAUUAUUGCAAAAAAAAAUACUAAAAACAAAUAGACUAAAUAUAUAG